GACAGACUGAGGGUGAGUCUUUGAGGGUGCCUCUGCGGCUGAGAGUUGAGGUCCCGCUACCUCUUUCCUGCACUCCCGGACAGAUGAGCAAAUGAGCCCCUCCUACCGAACUCACACAACUCCAGCCAGACUCAAAAACUCCGCCCCCCCGCGACUCUUCCCGCCCCUCGGCGUCCAGACAGACAGACAGACAGACGGCCUGCCCCGCCCCCUGCUACUGACUGACUCAGUGACCUCGGGGUUGUCAGGCCCGGGUCCUCGCCCGUGACGCGGAUCUCGGCCGUCCACCCGCAGCUCCUCCCGUCACCCCUGCCCAUCUCACUCCAUCCCCACCCUGGGCCUCAGGGCAGGUUGGCAGCCUGGGACACUUCUCCACCGCAUUCCCAGGCCCGGGAGACCAACGCCAGCGCCGCGUUUCCCUGGGAUUCUUCCCUGCAUCAUCGGGCGUCUGGGAGGCACCCUAAGGGCAGGGCAGAUCCUUCUGAGUCCCUGGCUGCUUGAACAGACUUUCUUCCGGGCUCCUUCCUGAACACCGCAACCAAGGGCUGUAUACAGCCCAGGCAAGGUCCCCCGGCCAGGAUGUCGGGCCUGGUGUUGGGACAGCGGGAUGAGCCUGCAGGGCACCGGCUCAGCCAGGAGGAGAUCCUGGGGAGCACUCGUCUGGUGAGCCAAGGGCUGGAGGCCCUCCACAGUGAACACCAGGCUGUGCUGCAAAGCCUCUCCCAAACCAUCGAGUGUCUGCAGCAGGGAGGCCAUGAAGAAGGGCUGGUGCACGAGAAGGCCCGGCAGCUGCGCCGUUCCAUGGAAAACAUUGAGCUGGGGCUGAGUGAGGCCCAGGUGAUGUUGGCUUUGGCCAACCACCUGAGCACAGUGGAGUCAGAGAAACAGAAGCUGCGGGCUCAGGUCCGGCGGCUGUGCCAGGAGAACCAGUGGCUCCGGGACGAGCUGGCGGGCACCCAGCAGCGGCUCCAGCGCAGUGAACAGGCCGUGGCUCAGCUGGAGGAGGAAAAGAAGCACCUGGAGUUCCUGGGACAGCUGCGGCAGUAUGACGAGGACGGGCACACCGCGGAGGAAAAGGAAGGUGAUGCCUCCAAGGAUUCCCUGGAUGACCUCUUCCCCAAUGAGGAGGAAGAGGACCCCAGCAAUGGCUUGUCCCGUGGCCAGGGUGCCCAGCACAGCGGCUAUGAAAUCCCGGCGAGGUUGCGGACGCUGCACAACCUGGUGAUCCAGUAUGCAGCCCAGGGUCGCUAUGAGGUGGCUGUGCCGCUCUGCAAGCAGGCCCUGGAGGACCUGGAGCGCACGUCUGGCCGUGGCCACCCCGACGUGGCCACCAUGCUCAACAUCCUGGCUUUGGUGUAUCGGGACCAGAAUAAGUAUAAGGAAGCUGCCCUCCUGCUGAACGAUGCCCUCAGCAUCCGGGAGAGCACCCUGGGCCGGGACCACCCUGCUGUGGCCGCCACACUCAACAACCUGGCUGUGCUCUAUGGCAAGAGGGGCAAAUACAAGGAGGCGGAGCCGCUGUGCCAGCGGGCACUGGAGAUCCGAGAAAAGGUCCUGGGCACCAACCACCCAGAUGUGGCAAAGCAGCUGAACAACCUCGCCCUAUUGUGCCAAAACCAGGGCAAGUAUGAGGCUGUGGAACGCUAUUACCGGCGGGCACUGGCCAUCUAUGAGGGGCAGCUGGGGCCGGACAACCCUAAUGUAGCCCGGACCAAGAACAACCUGGCUUCCUGUUACCUGAAACAAGGCAAAUAUGCUGAGGCUGAGACGCUCUACAAAGAGAUCCUGACCCGGGCCCAUGUGCAGGAGUUUGGGUCUGUGGAUGAUGACCACAAGCCCAUCUGGAUGCAUGCAGAGGAACGGGAGGAAAUGAGCAAAAGCAAGCACCGUGAGGGCAGCACACCCUACGCUGAGUAUGGAGGCUGGUACAAGGCCUGCAAAGUGAGCAGCCCCACAGUAAACACGACCCUGAGAAACCUCGGAGCUCUGUACAGGCGCCAGGGAAAGCUGGAGGCAGCUGAGACCCUGGAGGAAUGUGCCCUGCGUUCCCGGAAACAGGGCACUGACCCUAUCAGCCAGACCAAGGUGGCUGAGCUGCUUGGAGAGGGGGACAGUGGAAGGACCUCCCAGGAGGGCCUUGGGGGCAGCGUGAAAUUCGAGGGAGGUGAAGAUGCCUCGGUGGCUGUGGAGUGGUCAGGGGAUGGCAGUGGGGCCCUGCAGAGGAGCGGCUCUCUGGGCAAGAUCCGAGAUGUGCUUCGUAGAAGCAGCGAACUCCUGGUGAGGAAGCUCCAGGGAACCGAGCCCCGGCCCUCCAGCAGCAACAUGAAGCGGGCAGCCUCCUUGAACUAUCUGAACCAACCCAGUGCAGCACCCCUCCAGGUCUCCCGGGGCCUCAGUGCCAGCAGUAUGGACCUCUCUUCAAGCAGCUGACAUUCAACCCACCCCCCAGGUCUGCUGGGUCCCCCCACAGCCCUCACAGCAUUCCCUGUUGCUCCUGGCUCUUCCAGCCCCAAGGUGGGACAGUGAAGGGGGGAGCAGUUAACCAGAAGAUUGCUGCUGCCCUUAGGGUCUCAGCUCCCUCCUCAGGAAUCCCCCUCAGGAAGGACCCUCAGGACAUCCUCUCCCCACCCUGUGGUCCUCUAGAGUAGCUAGCUCUGCUACUAGGGCCCCCAAAGUGGAUAAGGAGCAGGUAUGCACCUCAGAGCUGCAGCUUGCUGCUGGCUUUUCUGUCAGAGGGUUUGGGGCUGGCCAGCCAACCUGCCUUGCCCUGGCCUCUCUUGUUCCCUCUGCUGCCUCACUUCAGGUCCAUGUAUUUCACUUUUCUUAAAUAAAAGAAUCAGAUAACCA